AUGGAUCGAGACGUAACUAACACGAAGGGCUUGGACUUUGAAGACUUUGGCCUCAAGCGUGACCUGCUGAUGGGCAUAUUCGAGGCUGGAUUCGAGAAGCCUUCCCCGAUUCAAGAAGAGAGUAUACCGGUAGCUCUUGUCGGUCGCGACAUCCUUGCGCGCGCCAAAAACGGCACUGGAAAGACCGCCGCCUUCGUCAUCCCCGCCCUCGAGAAGAUCAACCCCAAGGUCUCCAAAAUCCAAUGUCUUAUCCUCGUCCCGACCCGCGAACUGGCAAUGCAAACAUCCCAGGUUUGCAAGACGCUCGGAAAACAUCUUGGUAUCAACGUCAUGGUUACAACGGGUGGAACUGGGCUUCGCGACGAUAUCGUCCGGUUGCAGGAUCCCGUCCAUAUUGUGGUCGGAACUCCCGGCAGAAUUCUCGACUUGGCGGGCAAGCAGGUUGCGGACCUGAGCGAAUGCCCCAUGUUCAUCAUGGAUGAAGCCGACAAGCUGCUUUCUAUCGAGUUCACCCCGGUCAUUGAGCAGCUCUUGAGGUUCCAUCCCAAGGAUCGCCAGGUCAUGCUCUUCUCCGCCACCUUCCCCAUCUCGGUCAAGGAUUUCUCAGACAAGAACAUGACCAGCCCAUACGAGAUUAACCUCAUGGACGAACUAACCCUGCGCGGAAUCACGCAAUACUACGCCUACGUCGAAGAGAAGCAGAAGGUCCACUGCCUCAACACCCUCUUCUCCAAGCUGCAGAUUAACCAGUCCAUCAUCUUCUGCAACUCGACCAACCGCGUCGAGCUUCUUGCGAAGAAGAUCACCGAACUCGGCUACUCGUGCUUCUACAGCCAUGCCAAGAUGGCGCAGCAGGCUCGUAACCGCGUAUUCCACGAUUUCCGCAAUGGCGUCUGCCGUAACCUCGUCUGCUCCGAUCUUUUGACUCGCGGUAUCGAUAUCCAGGCCGUCAACGUCGUCAUCAACUUCGAUUUCCCCAAGAAUGCUGAGACUUACCUUCACCGAAUUGGUCGCUCCGGUCGGUACGGCCAUCUUGGUCUGGCUAUCAACCUGAUCAACUGGGACGAUAGGUUCAACCUGUACAACAUUGAGCGCGACCUCGGCACCGAGAUCCAACCGAUCCCCCAGACCAUCGACAAGAGCCUUUACGUGUACGAGAAUCCUGAGAGCAUCCCGCGGCCCAUCUCCAAUUUAAAGCCUGCUGGGAUCCAGCAACAGCAGCAACUCUCAAUCCCCAGUACCGCAGUCGGGCGACUGGCAGGGACAGGGCCGCCAAAACGGUUCUGGUCAGUCUGGCCCUCAAGGCCGCGGAGGGUUCCAAGGCAAUCGCGGCCCCUCUGGUGGCCACCGUGGCGGACGUUCCCGCGGCUUCCAGCAAGGGCAGGGUGGGCGCCAGAACUACGGCGGCCAGCGCGGUGGCCGUGCGCAGGGCCAAAGCCAGCCGACAUCCCCUGCUCAGCAGGGCUAGGGCUCUCUCUUUCGCAUCUUUUUGGGGCAUUAGGAGGCGUUCUAACCAUUGCCAUCAGCAGUCCUCCGUAA